AUGGCGUCCCACGGGGUCGUGUGCUCGGUGAUGGUCAAGGACUUCAAAAAUUUGAUGGGAGAGAAACUGCUUUCCAUUUUAACUGAGGAGUUCUUUGUGGACGUUCAUUUAGUAUGUGGAUCGCACAUGAUUGCCACACACAAGGUCAUCUUGGCUGCAUGCAGUCAGGUUUUCCGGGACCAUCUCUUGAGCCAUCCUCAUGUUUCCAGCAUUCGACUUGAAAGCUUCGGUUUAGAGUCAACUGUAGAGAUUGUGAGACACUUGCUCAUUCUGAUGUACCAUGGGCGAGCAGAAGUUCCUGGCAACAAAAUAUCCGAUGUGCUGACAUUGGCCCAAGCAUUGGGAGUGAAUGAAAUUCUGAGAAGGCUUGAGCUUGUUCCUCCAGGGACUGCCCACGAAGGUGCAGAAAACACCUCGGAAGAGGUAACAUAUGAGCGAAAUGCAGAAGAAAUAAUUGCAACGAAAAAUGAAAAGCCACAAUUGCAUGUGCGCCAUAUUUCCUACAGGCCAGCAUCUUCAGACAUAAAUUCUCCUGAUCAAAUAGAGUCAGCUGCAACCUCAGGAAAAGAGAGGGACUUAUCAAGAAGAGUAUUUGAUGAUAAUCAAAGGAAGAAGACUGAGAAGGAGUCCACAAGUUCCACAUUUCAAUCAGGACAUCAGGUGUCUGUGAACUCUGGUGCAGGUUUGACCAACAAAUGUGAAAGAACUAUGUCACAAGUACCAUUUGCUGGAAUGCCCCUCCAGAGUGAAGCUCUUCAGAAAAGCAUGAAGGAGAAUGCCUAUCUUGAAGGAGAGGCAACACAAGAGAGCUCAGAGAUAGGUUUCUUGGAAGAUGUAUCUAAAAAUAUUGAUGAAGAAUUGACUGAAUUAACCAAUUCCAUUGUAAAACAGAUUCAGAAUGAAUCUCUGUAUCAAACUGAUGAAGAUAGCUUCACUUUCAAAGUUGAUAAGAUGCAAUCACAGGGAAGCUCAGGACAUGGGAAUAGUAACCAUGUAGCACAGAAGCUAAUGCAAAAUCAAGGUGGUCAUGCAGAGGAGCGAGAUCUCCUCCUGAACUCAUCUUCCAGGAAAGUGCAAGCAAAUCUGUCAAAUAUAUCAAUACAGACAGACAUAGAGAUGAUUGACAUGGAGUCAGCUUUUCAUAGAUUCAGGAAAGCCAAAUCAGGAGUUGUUUACACAGUUGGAUUAGAUGAAGAGGAAGAUGAUUAUGACUUUGUGGGUCUUGGUGAUUUCCCUGAUCCUACAGAGGAUGGAAAUGUAUUGGAUGUUGAAGUGGAUCCUUCACUUUCUCAUGAUAAUAUUGAGAAUCUCAAUCCUGAUCUUGUGGGACUCCCCUCUGGUAGCCAGAUAUAUGGCCCUGGUGGAAAUCGUUCAUCUCAGCCUUCAUUUACUGCCAAGAGAAGAAAAACAAGUCCAAUCAAAAAGCAACUACGAAUUGUGCGAGUCUCAGGAUCUGAUUCCAAAGAUCAAGUAAAGCAUGAGGAUAUCAAUGGCUCCAAUCAUGCUGAAUCUGACAGCAGAACCUCAACAUCUGCUGAUGGAGAAAAGGGUGUGAUCUGUCCUAUCUGCAAUUGCAGGACCCCAUGUCUGAAGAAGCAUCAUGCAAGAGUACAUGAAACACGACAGAGAGCAUGCACAUAUUGUAAUGAAAUAUUCCAAAAUCAUGCUGACCUAUUGCAGCAUGUCAAAUCUACCCAUUUUGGUGAUAGAUUCUACAAGUGCUGCAAAUGUAGCAAACCAUUCAUCUCCAAGGAAGCCAUGAAAGUCCAUCUGUGGAGGUUACAUGGAAUUGGGAAUGUCUUCCGUUGUCAUCUUUGUCCAGCUGCAACCCCUGUGAAGAGUUCAUACAUGAAGCAUCUCCAGACUCAUAAAACAGUGAAAGACCUCAUAUGCAAAGACUGUGGGAAGCUUUUCAAAAGCAAAGGAGGGCUCAACAGUCACCUGAAGAGUCAUCAGGGAGAGGAUGUUUUGUUCAAGUGUGGGUUUUGUCCAUUCAAGACCAUUCAGAAAUUCAAUUUAACAAAGCACCUGGCAUCACAACACCAACGUGACUUGUCAGGGAAUCUUCUGAAGAAUUCCUUUGCCUGCCCUGACUGUGAUUUCACAUGUGUUGCUGAGCAUAUCCUGAAAACACACCGAUUCAGAAAACACACUGCAGACAAACCUUGGAAAUGCACAAUGUGUGAUUACUCAUCUGUCGAGAAGGCUGCCUUGGAGAAGCAUGUUCGAAUUCGGCAUACACAUGAACGACCAUACAUCUGUGAAAUCUGUGGUUUCAGUACUCAUACCUUGAGUGGGAUCUCACGUCACCGACGAGCACAUGAAGGAUCCAAGCCUCACAAAUGCCCCAAGUGUGGACAGAGCUAUGCAGACAAGAAACGCCUGAAUGAUCAUUUGCUUAAGCACAGUGACCAGAAACCUUUUAAAUGUCACCUGUGCCACUAUGCAUGCCGAAGAAAGGACAACCUUCAGAUCCAUGUGAGGAAAAAUCAUGGUGUAAGUCUUCCAGUUCCUCACAAGGCUUCUCAGGCUCCUUCCCAUUCUCCUCAGUCUUGUUCUGAUGAUGCCAGUAAGCCAAUAAACAGUUCUUCAGAGAAAUCCUGUGACAAUGCAAAGCAAUCUGAAGCCUCAGGUGAGUGGAAUAUUGCUCCAUCGAACACUACUGCUCUACCGUUGACAGCAGGAAAGCCUUCAGACACUUCCUCAUCAACAUCCUUCCCAGAGACAAGCACAGACUAUGUGGUUUCAGAUCAGCCUAAUCUCAACAUGUCCACUGAUGGGAACAUGGGUGCAGUUGUUUAUUCCAUCCCUUCAGUCUCAGGUGAUGCCAUGUUUGCCGUCAAUGUAGGAAAUUCAGCACCUUGCACAUCCAAAGAAACCUUUGCUCCAUCCUUUAUUUUGAUGAAUGGUGUAGCAAACUCUGGUGACAACACGGGAGCAGCAGUCAGUUACUAUGUUCCUGUUGCCACUUCACGUGUGGUGACAGAGUAAUCUCAGCUUUUUGGCUUCCUCAAUUAUUGUCUAAUAGCCAGUGGUGACCAUUUCGGCAGCUAUUUUUCCAGUGUAAUCAAAACUGUGGUCAUAGAGUUCUAUGAUAUAGAACUUUUACUCAUAUUAUGGCUGAGG